UUUAUACAUAAUUUAAAUUCAAAUCAUUCUAUACGAUGAACAUAUUGGUUAAAUGGAUUAAACACAAUAAAUUUCUUAAGUUAAUUUCAAGAACACAAAGAUGUUCAUCUUCUAUUAAGCAAAUGACUGUCAGGGAUGCACUGAAUAGUGCAAUGGAUGAAGAAAUGGAAAGAGAUAAAAAUAUUUUUAUUCUAGGAGAAGAGGUGGCUCUAUAUGAUGGUGCUUACAAAGUUACUAGAAAUUUGUGGAAAAAAUAUGGUGAUAAAAGAGUUAUGGAUACUCCAAUUACUGAAAUGGGGUUUGCAGGUAUCGCUGUUGGAGCUGCCAUGGCUGGAUUAAGGCCUAUAUGUGAAUUCAUGACCUUUAAUUUUGCUAUGCAAGCUAUUGAUCAAAUAAUAAACUCCGCAGCCAAGAGUCAUUACAUGUCAGCAGGCAUAGUGAAAGCUCCAAUAGUUUUUCGCGGCCCCAAUGGUCCUGCAUCUGGCGUAGCCGCUCAACACUCGCAUUGUUAUUCCUCUUGGUAUUCUAGUUGUCCUGGUCUAAUUGUACUUGCCCCUUAUUCUUCCCAAGAUGCGCGUGGUUUACUCAAAACAGCUAUAAGGGAUAAUAACCCAGUUGUGUUUUUGGAAAACGAGUUGUUAUAUGGCACAAGUUUCCCAAUGACUCCAGAUACCCUAUCUUCGAAUUUUAUUAUACCAAUUGGCAAGGGGAAAUAUGAAAAAAGAGGUGAACACGUGACCCUAGUGGCAUUUUCUAAAUCUGUGGAAACUUGUAUUGAAGCUGCAGACAAAUUAAGCAAAGAAAAUAUAAAUUGCGAAGUAAUAAAUUUAAGAUCACUUAGACCUUUAGACAUGGAGAUUAUUAUAGAGUCCGUCAUGAAAACUCAUCAUCUUAUCACUGUAGAAAUUGCUUUUCCUCAAUGUGGAAUUGGUUCGGAAAUUUGUGCAAGAAUUGUUGAAAGCAAUGCUUUUAAUUAUUUGGACGCGCCGAUAUAUAGAUUGACCAAUGUGGACGUUCCAUUACCUUAUGCUAAAAAUUUAGAGACAAAAGCACAACCCCAAGUUCAUGAUAUUAUCAAAGCAAUCAAAAAAUCACUUAAUUUGACUCACUAACUUUUCUAAUAUAGUUUAUAGCAAAAGCAUUUAACAGUUUUUAUAUUAAUGUAAAUUAUUAAAUGUAUAAUUUAUGAGUAUGAAAACAAUUAAAAAUAACACAUCAAUCAUACCUUUACCGAAUUUGACUAAAUAUCGUCAAUUAAAUAUUAUAUAGAAAUAAUUAAAUGAUUUAUUGAUUUUUUUAAAGCUAACAUUGGUGUUAAAUAAUAUAUUAUAUUUAAUAAUAUUGUGAAA